AGUUCCGAAUGUUUCAUUUAUUCGCUUAAGCAAGCGCCUGUCUGUUGUUUACAUGAUCAACACGUGUCAAAUGUCAGCCUGACAGUGUCCAGAAUGUUACGAACAGUGUGGUUAUUGGAUUUGGUAUGUCUGGUGCUGUUGGUGACAUAUGGGUUUGCUGAAGGCACAGUGGAAGUAGAAGACCAAACCAACCCAUCUUCUGGUGAUGAUGAAACUGUCACUGGAAAAGUGGACAACAAAAUAUCAGAAUUUCAGAGAUAUCUUGGUCUGUUUGAGCAGAACAGGGCCAUCCAAGUGGAUGCAGUGAAAUCCAUCGUCAAGUCAAACCUGAAAUAUGAAAAUAAGUAUAAGUUGACCAAAGCCAUGAUUGAACAGAUUUUCCAGGUGAUUGGCGAAGCUAAGACCAACCUGACAGAGUGGGGCUUUGUACCUGGGGAUGACUGGCCACAGGACAAAACAGUGCAGGAGGCUUCUUCAACGGUUCUGGAGAAUGUGGCCAUGUUUGGUGACUUGGUGUUGCGGCUUCCAGACAUCACUCACUCUGUGUACGACAAGAACAAACAGUGGGAAUUCCUGAUUGGCUGGGCCACAUGGUUCUGCCUUGAGUCCAAGGUCUAUACAGGUCCACAUGGAAAACUGCUCAACCUGAUGUCUCAAGAGAUAGGGCUGAUACCAAAGGAAAAGAACUUCAUAAAUCCAUAUAAGGAGGAAGAAGUAUUAAGGAAUGUGGAAGCAGAAGUCUUGGAGCAGAUGAUGAAAGAGAAGGAGAAGAAGGAAAAGGCAGACAAAAUCAAACAGAAGUCAAAGGAGACCAAAGCCAAGAGAAAAGGGCCUCGGUUAUCAGGGGGUGGGAAGACAGAGUUGUGAUGUUUGGAAUGUUUAGAUCUCAUAAUCAUAUCAAGUAACAAGCAUUACUGUAAGCAUAGUAUUUUAUUUUUAUAUAAUGAAUGUGCGUAACAUGCAUUUUAAGCAAUGGAGGUUGUGCUUAUUUAAAGCAGACCAAUAUCAUUGCUGUAAAUGUAGUCUUAGAAUAUCAGAGCGUUUUAUAAGGAGGUUUUCUUAAUGACAUUGUUUGGGAAAGAACAUUUAAGUAGAUGGAUAAUAAAUUAAAUAAGGAAAGAUGAAUGAAAAUAUCCUGCGCAGCCUGAAUAUGUUAACGUGUAUCAGUGUUUAUUACCCCUUUGCGCUUCAUGCAAGGUGUAGAUUCAUGCAAUGUGUGUUGUUAAAGAAAAUUCUUGUUUAAAUCCCUAUAGUAGUUUUAUUAAGAGGUAAGGCUCUCAACUCAAUGUUAUUGGCUUUGUAAAAUUUAAAAAGUCUUUCUAUGUCCUGAUGAAAUUAUAUGAUGCUUCAGUGAAAGAGUUGCAUGUAUGUGUUUUUUGAUGCAUGCAUAUAAUAUUUAGUUGCAAAUCAUUUGGUGCAUAUAUAUUUUUCACUCAUCAUUCCAGGAUAAAUGUAUAUCUAGAAUUUGUCAAUGGCUUAUAUACAUUUUCUGUUUUGUUGUCUGAUUUUUUGUUUAAGAGUGUCUGAUGAAUCAUGACAGUGCAGGUUUUAGACAUGUUAGGCUAUAAUGAUAAUGCAUGUUUGCAGAGUGAAAGAGGAUCAGGAUUGGAUCUCACGUGCCUUAACUUGAUGUGUUUGCUCAAAAUAACUUUUCGAUUAUCAAAUUCAGAAAAUCAAAUAUUCCAAACUUAUUUCAUGUCAAUUUAUCAGGAUUGACUAGUUUUUGAGUUGGUUUAAGAAACAGAAUUUAAAACAAGAUUAUUAGAGAAAUUCAAACACAUAUUGUUACACAAAAGUGCUGAAAUGAUUAAGACAUGCAUGCAUUUCAUUUGUGGUUUAGCUGAAAUCCAAUUACAGUUGUAGUCUGUUUCAGGCAUGUUUACGACUGCUUUCAUAUCCUAUUGAAAAUCUCCUUGUUUAUUUUUGAGCAAGUCAUUCAAUGUAAAAACAGUUGUCGUUUUAUAAAUUUCAAUCAUGAAAUCAUUGUAUGCCGUAAAAACUCUCCAUCUGAGAAACUUUGGAUUCAAACCAAUAUUGAACCACAAACUUAAUGAUAACAUUGUUAUUGUAUUUUUUAUUUUGUAAUACAUGUAUGUGCAAUAAAACAUGACAAUGAUU